AACGAAAACCUGAAAGUUUUGGAGUUAAGAGUUUAAUCGGCUUUCAAACGUCGAGGAUCUGCGGCGGCGUUUUUUCCCUCCACCUUCGUUUUCCCUCUUUCUCGAUUUCUGUUGCUUCUCAAAUUUUCAACAUUUCCCCCUCCUCCUCCUCUAGGGUUUUGCGCCUUUACAAUUUUCAAAGAUCCUCCCUUGAUUAUUCGCGAGAUGGGUUGGAGUUGGAGUCUUAUUUCCAUCAAUUUAAGGCUUCCCUUUUAGCUUUUCGACUUAGUUUCUUCCCGAUGCCUUUUUAGAAUCUCGAUUUGAGCGUGCGGUGGAAUGGAUUCGAAGAAGAUUCAAAUGCAGAACCAAUGAGCGAUGGGGCUCGGAAUAACAUGCAGUCCAACCACCAUCAAAGCUCCGAUUCGAGGAAAUUCAGACCCAAUGAGUUCGGGCGGGAGGUGUCGAGGAUCGCUGUGGCGCAGAUGUGUAACACCGCGGGGUUUCAGAGCUUCGAGGGGUCCGCUCUCGACUCGCUGGCCGACAUCGCCAUCAAAUACCUUCGUCAUUUGGGGGAAAUAGCAGCAUUCUACGCCAAUUUAUCUGGUAGAGUUGAAUGCAAUGUGUUUGAUAUAAUUAGAGGGCUUGAAGAAUUGGAAUCAUCGCAGGGUUUUCAAGGUGCUUGGGAACCCAAUAAGUGUCUUGCCAAUUCUGGGUCAGUGAAGAACAUCGUUCGCUAUGUUGAUUCAGUUGAAGAGAUCCCUUUUGCUCAGCCUCUACCGCGUUUCCCAGUGAUCAAAAACAGGGAACCAAUUCCAAGCUUUGUUCAGAUUGGUGAAACCCCGCCAGGCAAACAUAUUCCCAACUGGUUACCAGCUCUCCCUGAUGCUCACACUUACCAUCAUUCGGCUUUGUGGAGAAGGAAGCCAAGAGAGCCCCGGGCCGAGAAGAUAGAGCUGGCGCGGCAGCGGCGGAAGGCGGAGAAAUCUUUGUUGGGUCUGCAGCAGAGAUUGGUUUCCUGUGGUUCAGAAAGAUGUGGCAAUGGCGAGAUUGCAUUUUCAGGAACAUGUUUGGAAGAGGUACAAGAUGGGGUUCCCCUGAUUGGAUUGGCUUCUGAAAAUUUAAUCUCCGAGGAUGGGAGAGGCCAUUUGUCUGUGCCGGAGGUGUUUGCUCCUGCCAUUGAAGCGAUUAAAGGUGGUGAUUUUCCCAAUGGUGAGGACGAGAAGGCAAAGAUUCUUCCUCAUGCGAGACCUCUUGUUCAUUUCAAGUUAGAAACUAGCAAAACGUUUCUUGGAGGAUCUAUGAAUUUGGGUGCUAAAAUGGCAGGAAUUAGGGAAUCUGGGGUCAGACGAGACGAUGAAAGAGAUCAAAAGAACCACGAGAGAGAUGAAAAGAAGAGGAGAGUUGAAUAUAUUCUCAGACAUUCUAUAGACAAGCCAGAGGAGCUCAACCAGUCAUAAACCAACAACCCUGUUAAAGUUUUUUUUCUGAAGCCCAUGCUUCCUCUUCAAUAUUGCAAUGGCAAAUGUGCCUAGGUUCUAAAUCUAUAAAAUGAACAAGCUUUUCUUUCUUGUUUCAUUCA